CUCUAAUGAGCCUGACUGCCUGCAUGAAGUUUUAAGUGCAGCCCCUGUCACACUCAGCUGCUUCCUGAACCAGUCUGCUCUUUUAUAUUACCUUUAUGGAGCCCUUGUUCCUCUGGUUUAGCCUUCUUGCUGGGCUUUUGUGGUCUGAGAUCUCCGUCACACCAUCUUUUGCUCGUCACCUCGAAGCCACAGGUUACAGACCACAUGUACAAACUCAGCUCUCAGGGCUUUAUGGUCCUAAACACACUGUGCACGGCCAACAGAAUGUCCCUGUCGAGGAGCGAGAGCAGGUCAAUACAGUCAGAGUCACCUGCCAUCCAGACUCGCUGGACAUUGUUAUCAAAGCAGACCUGUUUGGAGUUGGAGCUCCUGUGAAUGCUGGUGAUCUACGCCUAGGGGUGGAGGACAAAGACAACUGCAGAGCUACAGCGUCUUCACCAGAUGAGUUCAGGAUCCUUGUUGGACUGCUGGACUGUGGACACAAACACUGGAUGACUGAAAAUGCUCUGAUCUACACAAACCUCCUCAUAUACUCUCCUGCACACUCUCCAGAUGGUGUUAUCAGAAUGGAAGAGGCAGUGAUUCCAAUUGAGUGUCAUUAUGACAGAAAGUACAGUUUGUCCAGUUCUUCGCUCACACCUACAUGGAUCCCAUUCAUUUCAACCCAAGCUGCAGUGGAAAUGUUGGACUUUGACUUGAGGCUUAUGAGACCUGACUGGAUCCACGAAAGGGGCUCCAACAUGUUUUACCUCGGUGACCCCGUUGGCAUCGAGGCCUCUGUCCGAGUCGGCCAUCACAUGGGGCUCCGAGUGUUUCUGAACAGCUGUGCGGCUACACUUACCCCUGACAUACACUCUGUUCCCAGAUAUGUCUUUAUCAAAAAUGGAUGUCUGAUUGACUCUCAGGUUCCAGAUUCCAAGUCCCACUUCUUGCCAAGGAUGCGAGAUGACAAGCUGCAGUUGGUCAUUGAUGCUUUCAGGUUCAAUAAUGAGGACCGAGGAGAGCUCUACAUCACAUGUCACAUGACAGCUGUACCAGCAAAUGAUGCAGAGGCACCGAAUAAAGCGUGUACAUUUAUAAACGGAAGAUGGCGGUCAGCUGAUGGCAAUGACUACUUAUGUGGGUAUUGUCAGAGCCAAAAUGAAGGAGUCAAAAUUCAGGGUAAAUCUGGCAUCUCUGGCACGUUUAGUCCUCGAGGGUUCAGGAAGCCAGUCGAAACCUCCUGGAGGACCAGACUGAGGAGUAAUGAAGUGUGGGAGAAGGAGACAAAAGUGGGUCCAUUGUUGGUGUUGCCAGCACAGAGGAAGAGUGGGGCUUUACCUGAGAUGGAACUGCCCCCCCUUCUCCAUAAAAUCACCAAAAGCUCUCUGUACGGCAGCUCCUGGAGGACUGGAAUAGACAUGGACACAGGCCUUGACAAAGACGACAAAGAAGAAGAAGAAGAGGAGGAGGAUGAUGACGGUACUGCAGAUCUGAGCCCUGAAGAACUGUCAGCUCUGAAAGACUUGGAGAAAGGACUGCUUCCAGGUUCAUCUACAGAAAAUGUGGAACUGAACAGAAAUGAAACCACUAUGACAGGUGAUACUUUAGAAAAUGAAGCUGUUAUACCUCUCGAAAAGGCAGGCCCUGAAGUCUCAUUUAAAACACAACCAUCAGUGGAGCAUAACGCCACAGCAGCCACGAACAAAACCAGCAGCAGCACCAACUUGGACAUGACGACACGGUUGAACGAAACUGAUGCCAACUCUGGCUUUUCAGAGACAAAUGGCCCAAAGAGAUAAUAAAUGAUUACUAAU